ACAAAGGCUUGUACAAACUAUUAUAUGAUGAGAAAUUCACACUAUCUACAACUACAAUAUGAAACCAGAGUGACUAGUGCAAUCCAAGAAGAUACGGUUUAUGUGGUUAGAAAUUUACACAAAAUCUAAAACUAAAAAAAAAAAAAAAAAAUCCUUAAAUACUCCACUCCACUUAUCUGGUCUCAUAUCCACAACUUCAUUCCCACUAAAACAACAAUAUCUGCUUUUUACCCUUAAGAAACCAUCAUGUACUCAUCGCGUGCUCCAGGCCCCUGGUCGACCGGCCUCUGCGACUGCUUCUCCGACUGCAAAAGCUGCUGCUUAACUUACUGGUGUCCUUGCGUUACCUUUGGCCGAAUUGCUGAGAUCGUGGACGAAGGAGCCACAUCAUGUGUGGCGAGUGGGGCGCUGUACCUGCUGUUAGUGUGGGUGGGAGUCGUGUGCUGCUACUCGUGUACUUACAGGUCGAAGAUAAGGCGGAGAUAUGCUCUGGAGGAGAGUCCCUGCGGUGAUUGCUUGGUCCACUGCUUCUGCGGGCUCUGUGCCUUGUGCCAAGAGUACCGCGAGCUCCAGAACAAGGGAUUCAACAUGGGAAUUGGGUGGCAUGGAAACGUGGACGCAAAUAACCGUGGAGUUGCAGUGCCUCCAGUCGUGGAAGGAGGCAUGAUCCGUUGAUCGCGUGAAAUGUGAAUUUAUAAGAAAGAGAUCAAGACCCUUUCGCUACAUGUUGUUUUUAUGCUAUUGUUAGUCUGCUUGUAAUUGUAUUGGAAGGGAAUAAAUACUUGUUAUGUUUUUAUGCUAUUGUUAGUCUGCUUGUUGUAUUGAAAGGAAUAAAACAUAACAUGUAUGCAGUUAUGUUUUUU